CGGCUCUUUCUCCUCUCCAAGUCAGCACUUACCUCUUCCUUCUUCCAGUUGGUCUCCCCGAGAGUCCGGAGUAGUGCAAGGGCUGCCGAUGGUCGUCCAGCGACAGAAUACCCGCUCAAGGCAGGGGAUGUAACCAAUAUAUGCAGACAUGUCCAUGCAAUGCACGAUGCACCACAGAAUCACUGCAGCAUGUAGACCUAUGUCUCACAGAUACUACGACAGCAGAUUCCCCGAACAGGAAUCCUUCUCCGGACUAUCGUCCCAGAACGGAAGAAUUAUGGGGCUGCACCCAAUCCCCAUCGCCGACUAAAUAUAACUAUGUUCACGGGCCCCAGUUUCUGACGGAGUCGACUCUUCGGAGCUCGAAGCCACUUAAUCUAUAUCCCCUGAAUGCGACGCAGCAAAAACGGCACGCUCGCAUGCCCAACUGCACCAUGAGAACGCCACGGGCGGGUAGUCACAAACUCGAAAUGAUUGCGUUCCUGAUUCAAGAGAGCCUCCGGAGUUAGAGCAUUGUCCGUGACUGCGGGUCUCGACCCAUAUGCUUGAUAGAUUAACGGCUCCGUUCUUGCCACCGAGUGAUGCUAUAUUUGUCAAAUCGGAUCAGGUUCGAUAGAUGAAGUCCGUGG